CAUGACUGGCCUGGCACGGGUCGGUGUCUCGGCCUGGGGUAGCUCAUGCUGCGCCAGCGUGCGCGCAGGUCGAACGAGCUGUUCGAGCGCGGGUACAUGCGCGACCUCUCGGGGCGCGGGGCCCCCAGGGCGCUCGGAGGCGCCGCGUCCGCGCGCAGCCUGUCCGACAGGCUCACGCCCAGGCAGCAGCAGCAGCUCGGAGUCCUGCGCCGCCGGCUAGAGGCGAGCCUGCUCCCGGGGGCAGCGGCGUCCCCGGAGCGCUCCGCGGUGAUCGCACCGCCGUCCGGGGCGGCGAGGCCGCUGCCGGCGGGGGCGCCCCCCGAGGGGCGGCGGUCUGCCCGGGCAGCGGUGCCGCCGCAGGGGGCCGGAGGGCCCGCCGCGGGAACGCCGGGCGGGAGCGGACGCCCAGACGCCCAGGAGCUCCUCUUGCAUACGAGCUCGACGCAGGGCGAGUCUCACUUCGCGGGCGCGAGCUCCCGGCCUGUCCGCGCAGAUGCAGAUUCCCCUUUUCCUCUGCUCAGCGCGGCCUCGCCUCCGUUUGCGCUGCGGGCGGCUGAGCAGCCAAGGCUCUCCCAGCUCGACGUGCUCCACGUGCAGCGGAGCUGCCCCUUGGCGGCCGAGGCUCCUCUCGCCAUCCUGCUGCCCAGCGGCGCCGCCCUCGGGUCUGGCAGGCCGCAGGCCGCCUUGGAGGCCACGCUGCCGGAGCGGCCGCCGCAGGCCGAGCCCGCGCUCGCCCCCUGGAUGCCAGGCGGGCCCAUGGCGCCGGCGGCCGCCAGGGCCUCGGGCCGCGGGUCGGUGGGCGCCUGGCCCCUCGAGGCGCCUGCCGACCCGCGCCGCAGGCUGCGCGCCGUCACCGAGGCGAUCCACCAGCUGCUGGGCCCCGACCUGUGCGCCCACGGCAGGGGCCUACCGCCGCGCGGGGGGCCCCCGCCGCCCGCGGCGGCGGCGGCCCCGCGCGGGGCCGCGGUGCUGCGCAGCUGCAAGGCCGCGGUGAUCUCCCAGGCGGACGCCCUCGCGGACGCGGUGCUGCAGCACGUGCUCGGGGACACCGUGGGCGCGCUGAACGGGCUGCCUGGGCUCGGCCUCCGGCCCUCCAGCGGGCCGGGCACCCCGCGGCCUCGGGCGCCGGAGCGGGCCGCCGGCGGCGGCGGCCUGGCGCAGAGGGCCGCGCGCGACGCCGCGGCCGAGCUCGUGGAGCUGGAGGAGAGCCUCGCGCGGUGCUACUCGGCGUCGGCGGGCAGCGGACCCCCCCGCCCUGCCGGCGCGGGCGGCGCCGUGGCGCGGCGCGCGGGCUCCGAGGGCGGUGGGCGCCCCGCGGCGCCGGAGGAGGGCCUCGCGCGGUGCCGCUGGGCGGUUGUCGCGGCCGGCGCGGGCGGUGCCGGGGCGCAGCGCGCGGGGCCGCGGGAGGAGGAAGGGCGGCGGGCGAGGUGCCGCGGCGAGGCCGGCGGCGGGUGCUCCCGCGGGCAGCACCGCGGGGGACGGUGGCCGUGGGGCGAGGAGGCGCCAGAGCUCUGGCCCGCUGCCCUGCCCGCGGAGCGGGUGCGGCAGCUGGAGAGGUACAGGACACGCUUCGCGCAUCACUGCGUUGCCACGCGCGAGUCUGGCAUCGACCGCGGCUGGCCUGGAGAUGCGGCUUCCACAGCGACGUGGGUGAUCUGGCCGUACCUCGCCGACUCCAUCGCGAUGGCCGCAGUGGAGGGCGCGAUCGAGGACGUUCAUGCAGCGCUCGAGCGCCACGUGGACGAGAUGGUGAGCCGAGAGAUUGGGGCUGUGAUCUGA